CGCGUCAACUUUGUUCAACAUUCGACAGUGGUGUUACUGGGCCACAUUUCCUGUUCCGCGGCCAUGUUAUCUCCUUGCUCUUCGGCGAUACUAUACGUGCUCUUAGACUCUGCAUUAUAGUCGUUCUAGCCACUGCAGUCGUCCACCAGGUGCUCGGCUGUGGAACAUGACCUCCAGAUCGGGUUCGAGAUGGAAUUUCUUACAGCAGGCUGUCGCCUCUGUCGAAUCGAGACUGGAUGACAUCCUCGCUGAAGAGGGCGAUCGUCCAAAACGGACGCACACUCCUGCCCACAACAAGAAACCCUCUUCCGACUUGUCUAGAAGCAGCAGCACUGCCUCUGCCUCCAAUGAUCGGCUCCAGGAACGCCUCGCACGGGCGAUGGCAAAGAAAAAUGCUAGUCGUACCGAAAGUCCAGUCCCUUCCCAGGAACAAUCUUCGAGGCCAGCUUCACGAGGAGGAGAUGCCUCGACUCUCCUUUCAGAAAUCGCCAAAGUGGAGGAUCCGUCCCUUUCGAAUUGCGAGGAGACAGAUAUUGAGCUACGGAUUUCCGGUGACGUGGGCGAGAGUGCGAAGCAGAAUGUGGGGAGUGACAAAUCACCACCAGUGACCACGGCGAUGGUUGAGACAGAACGACAUAGAAUGGCAGCAAUAGUCGUGGAACAGCCAGAUCUGGACUCAGCACGGCCUUCAGCAGAGCUCCUGAGAGACGGUCAGACCGUGUCGAGCAGGAUGUCUGAAGAUGCGCAGAGAACCAGCGAAAGCGAUGGAUCGAAGCCUGAUAAGGACGAGACAAUGGAAAUGCAAGAAGAAAUGAAUACCUAUCUCGAACGCAUCGAUGCGCUCCGAAGAAACCUUGAAAGACUGGGCCAAGAAGUCGCCGAAUCGGCUCAAAAGGCUGCCGACACUGCUAAGCAAGCAGCUGCUUCUGCGGAAGCAGGAAGCUUGGAGCAGAAAAUUUCUCAAAAGGAUGAGGAAAUAGCUGUCCUGAUAGAAGAAGGCACCAGAUGGUCAAAGACCGAAAUGGAUCUGCGAAGCACGUUGAAGAAAGUUCGAGCUCAAGCAUUGACCACUGCCAAAGAACAGGAAGCUGCAAGACUACGCGCAGACCGGGCUGAACGUGCUCUGAGAGCCAUGGAGGACCGUGCUAGGAAAGCUGAAGCUGCAAGCAAGCGUGCGGAGCAAAUUAUCGCCGCAAAUGCCGUGGCGGCAAAGGACGUUGAAGCAAUGCGAAAGGAGCGAGAUGCAUUAAAUGCUACCCUAGCGGAAAUGAAAUCGCAACUUUCCAAAGCCAAUUCGCGGGCUGAAGCCGCAGAGAGCAAAGUGCAAUCCGAGCAAUUGGAGAAGGAAAGGCGGAAAAUUGUCGAGCUUCAAGAUGAUUUAACCGUUGCGAAAGUCGAGCGUGAACUAUCUGAGCAGAAACUGCGGAAGGAGAUCCAGGACGUACGAAGUGAACUCGAAAAGCAGAAGGAGCAUGCGCGCAAUAUGGAGAGCGAAAUGUUGAAUGAGCAAGCCGCCCUGGAAAGCAAGCUCGAGUCUUUCCGUGUCCGAGCUGAGGAAGCUUCCUCAACAGAUCACGGUCACACACAAGCCAAACUCCUUCGACAGAUCGAGAUAUUACAGACUCAAUAUACCACCGCGAGUCAGAAUUGGCAAGGAAUCGAGAGUUCGCUUCUUGGCCGGAUCACGAACCUGGAAAAAGAGCGUGAUGAGGUCGUGGGAAGAGAGGCAGAGCUGCGGAAGAAGUUGCGAGAUGCCACGCUGAAGUUGAAGAACGCGGAAAGGGAGCUGGCUAACACUCAAAGUAACUAUGCGGACAUGGAUAAGUCAUUGGCAGAUACGAAUGAGGAAACAAGGCGGCUACAGCGAAAAGUGAGUCAGCUUGAGACGGACCUGGCAAAUGCUUUGAGGGACCUUGAGGAGCAGAAGGGGAAUUCGGAGAGGGAGCUGCAACGGAGGAUCGACGAGGAAAAAUCAAAAUGGACUGCCGCUUUGCAUAUCCAACGCACAGAUUCUCCAGCGACGUCGAUCCGCAAAAACUCGGGCCUGGGAUUCGACAUCAAUCAUCUCAUGAGCCCAACGCAGUAUGAACGGGGCAGCAGUCGACGGCCCUCUAUUAUGCCCAACACAUACGACUCGAAUACCCCGCCUCGUCAACACUCCACCACGUCCUUCCGUGGUCUGGCAAACGGCUCCAUUGCAGAAACACCGUCUGUGGUGACGUCCAUGGAUCCAGAUGAGUAUUUUGCCAAUGUUCCACCCACGCCUAUGACCACAAGCCACCACUCCCAGCGUGGAGGCUUGAACGAUCUAGUCUCCACCUCCACCAUUGGUGCUGGCCCUUCUGUGCAAUUGGUCGAGCGAAUGUCGGCCAAUGUUCGUCGCCUCGAAAGUGAAAAAGCUGCUUCCAAAGACGAGCUCGCCCGCCUCACUGCCCAGCGUGACGAAGCAAGGCAGGAAGUCGUCAGCCUGAUGCGCGAGGUCGAGGCGAAGCGGAAGAUCGAGGAACGGUUGGAGGCGCUCGAGAAGGAGCAUGCCAGUCUCAGUACAAGACACCAGACCACGCUAGAAUUGUUGGGGGAGAAGAGCGAGCAGGUAGAAGAGCUGAAGGCCGAUAUUGUUGAUGUGAAGCAGAUGUAUCGACAGUUGGCGGAUACGAUGAAAUGAGGCCAAUUCUGAAAGAAUUUUAUUUGACCAUCUC